AUGUCUGGAUUCAAAUUGAUCGUCAUUGGUGCCGGUCUGGCCGGAUCGCUCCUCAGCAAUGGGCUGCUUCAAAAUGAAAUCGACUUUAUCGUUUAUGAAUCCGACCCCGAAUCCGCCCAAAGGGAAGGCUAUCAGAUCCGGCUGGGGGCUCCAGCCAUUGCUGGUUUCAAGGCUUGUCUGCAAGAAGAUCAACUCACCAAGCUUUACCCCAUGUUCGGCAGGUCAGGCGGCGUGAUAUCCUCCGCCCCUGCUCUCUACGACGAGAAGCUCAAUCUGCUCCUAGAUUUGCCCAAAUUCCCGGCAUACACUAAGUCGGCGCCCAUAAAUCGCGCAAUAUUAAGAGAUUUUCUCGCGUCACCGGUUGCAGUAGCAGGCAAGAUUCGAUAUGGCAGGCGUUUCGCAGGAUACCGGUCGGUCAAUGGCGCAUCGGGGACCAAAGUCGUUGUCAGUUUUGAUGAUGGCUCCGAGGAUGAAUGCGAUCUCCUCAUCUCCGCAGAGGGAACGAGCUCAAGGGUGAAUCGCCAAAUCGGUCUCAACAACAUUGUUCAAUUGACGCGGCAAUGGAACUUUUUGGCAAAGGGAAAUCUUCCCCCAUCGACUUUGCUCAAGCUCGGCCCGGAGAUACAAAGGGCGCCAAUGUCCGUCCUCUGCAACGGCAUGAUUCUCUUCAUCUCAGCAUAUCUUCCAGACGGAUAUAAAGAUGAGCCUCGCUCUGAUAAGGAUGGUAAUAAGAAUUUGGAUUACGAUGCCGAUAUAGCGUCCAUUUUCUGGAGCUUAUCCGUCCCUGCGGACCGUGUGCCUAAGAACGGCGCUCAAGGCAUUUCCAACAAGCUGGACUUUUGUGUGGACCAGAUCAGGGAUUGGGACCCUCGAUAUCACGACAUGCUACGAUCGAUAGGGGAGGAAUCCAUCAACGUAUUUCAAGCACGGGCGAGCAAAGAACCUCCCAAGCACUGGCGACAGAAGGUCAAGUCACCAGAGGAUCCGAACUUGGGCAACGACCAUGUUUGGCUGUUGGGUGAUGCCAUCCACUGCAUGCUCCCUAGCAGGGGCAUGGGUGGGAAUCAAGCCAUGUGCGAUACGGCAGAUCUACUACCGGUUAUAAAGAAUCUAGCUCAGAAAGCGGAAGCAGGAGGGCUUUCGGACGAAGAUUUCUCCAUCGCCGUCACAGAGUACGAAAGUAGAAUGUUUCCACGAGCAUUUGGAUGGGUUCGUACCAGUGGAGGGACCGGUGAUAAGGGACCCCCUGAGAUGUCUGGGAUAUCAGGGCGAAUUUUGUUGUUCUUCAUGGCGCGUGCCCUGGAUCUUGCCUAUGUGUACUCAAUUGCCCAGCGACUAUUUGGAUACUCCCCCCCAGAUGAUGCACCGGAGUUGCCCAACUGA